AUGCCAGAUAAUGCACCAGAUUGCCAUGUGUAUGCACCACAUCAACUCAAAAAAGACAACAACAAAACACCCAAAUGGUCGACAAGAGGAGUAAGUGCAUUGCUAGUAUUAUUAUUUGCAAUGAGUGUUGGUGUAUUUCAAUCAAUCCAGUAUAGUGGACCGAUUGAUCAUCCAGCACCAUAUCUUUCUCACUCUCAAUCACCUUCACAUGUAGAUCAUAUGGCUGUCAAUAAAACAAUGGAUGAGAUAAAGAUCAUCGAGAAGAAAAUAGAAAGUUUAAAAAAUCAACCUCCACCACCACCUAAACGACAAAACUAUGGAAAUGGACUUGUAGUGACAAAAAAACAAUCAACAGGGUCUCCGUAUUCUGUGGUUCCUAGAGGAAAUCAAUAUUCAAAUAUUGAAUUAUAUCUGAUGUCAAUGGGAGGAAAAUUGGAUUCUAUUAAUAGCCAACUAAAAGAUACCAAGAAUGGAAUCAAUGAUUUGAAGAAUGAAAUCAGAGAUCAAAAUAAAAGACAAACCCAACGAGAUAAAGAUACUCAAGAAAGUCUUAUACGACACGAAGAAUUACUCAAAGACCAAAAUGCACAACGUCUGGUACAACAAGAAAAAGAAAAACAGCAACACCAAGAAUAUUUGAAAGCUCAACAAAAACACCAACAAGAUAUCGAAAAUUUGGUGGCAAUACAAAAUCAUCUCUCAGAAAAACUAUUAGAACAACAACAAGAAAAAGAAAAGGAGCAACAAAAACCAAAGAAAAAGAAUUGGUUCAAAAGAUUAUUUAAUUUAUAA